CUGAUACAGGUCAAUCUAGAGCUCUACCUAUGCUCCCAAGUCCGCUUGGCCGCCGCACCUGGUACUAAAUAUUGUGUCGGGAGGUACCAUGGUGCUACGUAAUUCGGCGUUGGAGCGACAAAUGCUUUUUUUGAUAUUUUAUUCAUAAUUCCCAAUCAGGAAACACUCGACCACGUCUUAUCCCAACUCGACGGGUCAAAAAGACUGUUGAUACUUACUGUACUGUACAUACAAGCAAAAGUAAUCGACAACUGACCGGAUCAAGGUGAAUGAGCAAACGAAAUCCUAUGUGGGCACGUUCACCUAUGACCCCAUCAACGGUCAUACCCCCUGGCUGGUCACUUGGUAGCACGUUGGUGAGCUUUGCGCUCCGUCCGAUAAUGUGCAACAUUCAGUGCCAUGUUCUUUACUCGAUGUGGCAGUAUUGGGCACAAGUCUACUCACAACGACACGGCUCUCCUACAACCCUUAAGUCCACCGCAGAUACCAAAAUACAUCCCUGACCCUGCCACUUAUUAACCUACUAGCGCCUAUACUACGCAUGUUUGACACAAACAACCAGCAACCUACAACAGGCACUGCCCAUAGGGAGGGACAAAAAAAGAGCCCACACUUCGCAGUCCAUACCUACCAGGACACCCAAGCACCGCUUCAACAUCCCCCCACCACCCACUGUUUGCUCUGCCACUUUAGACUGACCCAACCCUUCCCCUCACUGCUACCCAACCUGUCCACUUGAGCUCACUUUUUUCUUGCAUUACCAAAUGGUUCGUCCAUCCUGUCCUUUCUUGAUCCAAUAUAUCGCGCGCACCGUAGCGCCCGUCUGCAUUCCGCAAACCUAAGCAACUCUACCCGCCGUCGUUACUGGUCCAAAAGACGUUAUUUUUGCAAGCUUUGACUCGAACAGCUGAAGUAUAUGCAUCCCAUCAGCUAGCAAGAGCUCUUCCGUCUACUGGAGUAUACCUACCUACCGUCAGUUGGAAGUCAUCUUUCCCUUUUUUUUUAAAAAAAAAAACAAAACAAAAAGAAACAGGCUUCACCCAGACACAUCGCGUGCGCGCUACUAGAGCCGGUCAGUCUUUGUUCCUGGAUGCGCGCACGUUACUACGGGCCAGAAAAAAAUACUAGACUUCAUAUCUGCUCUCCUUCUCUUCUAGAGCGCAUAAAGAGCAGAAAUCAAGUCUCGCUAAGAGACGAAACGCGCCCGCUACCCACACCACUUUUUUUUCUUUUCUCUCUUUCUUUUUCUGGAAUCAUGUCGAAACUCUUCAUUGGCGGCCUUGCCUGGCACACGGAAGAAGGUACUCUGCGACAGAAGUUUGAGGAGUACGGCGUCGUAGAAGAGGCUGUUGUCGUCAAAGACCGAGAUACAGGUCGCAGCCGAGGAUUUGGCUUCGUGCGAUAUACCAACGAAGAUGAUGCGCAAAAAGCCAUCACAGCAAUGAACAACGUCGAGUUCGACGGACGGACGAUACGUGUCGACAAGGCCUCCGACACUGGCCCAAGGGGCGGUGGUGGUGGUUUCCGAGGCGGCUACGGUGGCAGGGGUGGCUAUGCGUCCCCGCAGAUGCACCCGAUGCCGUACGGGAUGCACCCCCAACAACAGUACGGUGCUCCGCAGAUGUACCCCCAACCUUAUGGUCGCGGAGGCUACCCGCAGCAGAUGCCAGGUUACGGAGCUCCACCAGCACAGACUUGGCAAGCCGCAGCUGGCCACCCUGGAUAUUACCCUGACCCCUCCGGUCAAAUACCCCCCCAACAACAGAUGCCCCCGCAAAACCCUCAGGGCGGGCCCUACUGAGAGAAAGCAAAACGGGUUAUCAGGGAGGGAGGGGGAAGUUAUCUUGGAAGAGUAUCCCACGACAACCAACUUGAAAGGCGACCCCAUUCCAAUAGCAAGGGGUUAACGACGGUACGAAGCUUGGCAGCAGCCAAAGAACCCGGAGAGGGGCCGUGUCGUUUUCUAUAUUAACUGUUACUGGAUGGGAUCAUUCAGGGGGUUCCGUCCUGUUUGUUGUUGGCGAUUCUUUGCGGUGUUAGUGCGCGACCGAUACCCAACCCCCUUUUAUGCCCCCCGACCAUGGAGGGCACGGUGGACAAUCCAUAUGAAUUUAUACAAAAAUCAUGAAAAUGAAACUUCAUCUGAGCUGG